AUGCAAAAUAAUAAUCCUGAUUAUCUCUCGUUCUCGUACAAUAUUCUCCGGUCGAUCGGAGUGUUUUCAGCGAGCGACUCGACGAAAUGGACGCGAUGGGCUUUCAACUUUUACCGAGUGAUCAUUUUUAUCGUCAUCACCUUAGUCACUACUCUGAUGAUGGUCCAGAUGUUCGUUGCCACCGACCUAACACUGUUGGCAAGGACCAUAGACAUUUGGACCAUGUUCUCCACGGGCUUGUACAAAUGGUUUUACAUGACGAUGUUCAGGGGUGAAUUUUCACAGCUCAAAACUGCACUGACGCAAAUACAAGCUCAAGGAUCGGUGGCGUACGGCAGCUCGGCCGACGCAUUUACCGCCGACUACUUAAAGCAAACGCGAAAGAUCAGCUUUUGGUAUAUGUUCAGCGGUAUGGUCGCGUCAUUUUUCAUAAUCGUCAGCCCCUUGUUGACAUAUUCAAAGGGUGAUCAGUCUGAUUUUCAAUACUACAACGAUCCAAAAAGCUACCCGUUGAGUUGUUGGAUACCAUUCACUUUGAACGAAAAUUGGAUGUUUUUAGCGGUUUUUGUCUGCUAUUCUGUUGCACUGGUGUUAAUCGUAAUAGUAUACUUGGGUAUUGAUACAUAUUUGUUUGUCGCUAUUUAUGCCAUCGGCGGUCAAAUUGAAUUACUAAACACGUCGCUAAAUAAUAACGAAAACACUUUAGAACAAUUUGAAAAUUCUUCGUGUACGAACCGCCUUUCAAUUUAUACUGAAAAACAACAAAUACUGUUCUACUCGACACUCCGAGAAUGUGUAAAACAUCACAUCCUGAUCCUUAAUUAUAUAACAAAUAUACGUAAACUAUUUAGCACACUUAUACUUAUGGAUUAUUUACACGGAAUAACCUCAGUGACAUUUGCAUUGUUUCAGUUAACGAUCAGUGCCAGCGUAAUCGAAACAAUCAGUGUAGUAUGUUUCAUUUGUCUUAGUAUUUGGCAUCAAUAUCUUAACAAUUUUUUUGGCGAAUUCAUCAUACAAAAACAAUUAAGUGUUUGUACCGUAGUGUAUGACGUUCCUUGGUGGAGAUGCGGCGAAAGGGUACGACAAUUACUGACGUUAAUGAUUUUGAGAUCCAUUAAACCAACUUUUAUCACAGGAUUUUAUAUGUACAAGUUGAGUUACGAGUCGUUCAUUUCGUUUAUAAAAGCAUUAUACACUUACUAUAUGGUAUUGAGACGAGUCAACGUCGAAGACUAAAAUUCAUGUGGUCAGAUUUGA